CCGAAUUAGAAGAAAAAUGCCUGUAAUUCAAUAAAAAGACUAAGUGUCGACAGCAUGUUUUUCUUCCUGAAACUUACUUAACUAAUGUAAAGAUUUCAUGAAUCCGCAAAAAGAAAGAAACUGCCUGAAUUCUCCUUCGUUCUCUCACAUUCAUGAAUGUACUUUCAGGCUACAAGUAAUGGCGUUUCAUGAGAUUUUAAGAGUUAGGCUAUUGGUUUAGAUUUAUAGAUAAUGCUACUGGUUUUUUUCCGCACCCGGUUUCCGGGUCAUGGGUUAUAUUUUGUUUUAUACGUAGCACAAGUUCUAACUCACUGACAGACAGUGACAGACUCCUCUGGUAGAUAUCUAGCUCUCAGCACUCAAUGUGGCGUGUUUGCUUACUGUAGUUGGUGAGACGCGAUACAAAUAUGGUUCGAAUCUUGGCCAAUGGAGACAUAGUGCCGGAUGAUGAUCCACGUGCACAGCAGAACAGAAGUCGACCACAGGCUCGUGCUCCUCCGACUCAGCAGCGUGGAAGUGUGCGUCAUGAGGAUCCGGCUGCUGCUCAGGGGGGCCAGCCUGUGAACCUUUUCCAUUCCUUGAACGAGAGACUCAGGGCCAUGGGGAUCCCCCCGUGGACUCUGGGCAAUAUUGUCAUAGAGCCGUUAGUCACAGUCGGCUUCAUCGCUGCUCUGCUUCUCUUCGGCAUCCAUGGACUUAUCUUUGGCGUUGUGCUGUUUGCUGUGAGCAGGUGGAGCACCCACGGAGCACCAGAGGCCGUGACGAGAAUUUUUGGUGGGGGUGCUGGAGAUUCUGAUAGAAGCAGCAGCGGCAACAACAGAAGGCCUCAAGGAGGGAGUGGGGGCGGUGGUGGUUACAGAUUAGGGAGAGACUGAUUCUAGAGACCAGUGUCAUGUAUGUUUAUAAUAUAUAUAUAUAUUUGAAAAAUCGAGCUUUGAGCUGAAAAGAUGUGCUGCUGGUGAUGUGAGUGAGAUUAUUUUUGUAUCUGUGAAAGUCAUUUUAUCUGUGAAUUUUGUAUGCAGUGUGUAUAAAAUGUAUGGCUGUCUAGAUGUGUGAUACGAAGGUUAGUAAUGGGAAGUUAAUAAUACUAAAUAAGAGCAAAUGGAGGAAGGAUUGAAAGUUUCUAGCAGGACUCUUGUUGUCAUGAUCAGAUGUUGAAAUUGAUUGUGAUAUAUUGGAUGGUUCAUUAUUUCAUUAUUAAAAACUUUCUCAGUUAUGUAACUGAAA